UCGGGCGUUGUGAGGGAGUUACCAGGUUGUGAAUAUGGCAGGUUCCAGUGAGUCAGGCUCAUCCCCCGAAGAGGAGAUGCAGAUCUCAUUCGCCAAUCACAGCUUCUUCGCACCAAAGAAAGAGAUCAACAUGUUCCCAGAUAUGGGGAAGUGGAAGCGUUCUAAGGCCUACGCUGAUUAUGUUGGGUUUGUUCUGACGCUGAAUGAGAGUGUGAAGGGGAAAAAGCUCACAUGCGACUAUAAAACCUCGGAGCCGGUGGAGAAACUGAUUUUACUCCUGAACACACUGGACAGGUGGAUCGACGAGACGCCCCCGGUCGACCAGCCUUCCCGAUUCGGUAACAAGGCAUUUCGCACUUGGUACGGCAAGCUCGAGAAGGAGGCUGAGAACUUGGUUUCCAAUGUGAUUCCCCGCGAGUUGAGUGCUGCUGUUGUCGAGGCUGCAGUGUAUUUAAAGGAAUCCGUGGGAAACCCAACAAGAAUAGACUAUGGAACAGGCCAUGAAGCUGCGUUUGCUGCUUUCCUCUGCUGUCUCUGUAAGAUUGGAGUCCUGAAGGUUGAUGACCAGCUUGCCAUUGUAUUUUGUAUAUUUGAUCGGUACCUGCAGGUGAUGCGAAAAUUGCAGAAAACAUAUCGAAUGGAGCCAGCGGGUAGCCAAGGGGUCUGGGGCCUCGAUGACUUCCAGUUUCUUCCCUUCAUCUGGGGCAGUUCCCAACUAAUAGAUCACUCCACCCUUACGCCAGCCCAUUUUGUGGAUGAGAAAAUAGUGAAUGAGCACCAUAAGGAAUACAUGUUUCUGGAAUGCGUCAGGUUUAUUAAUGAGAUGAAGACUGGCCCUUUUGCGGAACACUCCAACCAGCUGUGGAACAUCAGUGCUGUCCCUGCAUGGUCCAAGGUUAAUCAGGGACUGAUUCGAAUGUAUAAGGCAGAGGUGAACAUUAAGGAUCCUGUGGCACUGUUCAAAGAAGCACCGGAGUUCUCCUCGCUGUCCUGA